AUGGCUAUCAAGGACAGUCUCUUGUUGGUGCUUCCCUUCUUGUAUGGAGCUAGCGCGGAUUGGACCACGACAGUCCAUACCACGCUUGUUGUCCCCAACACCGUUACUCCUGUCGUUGACUUUGUGACACCUCCGCCGGCAAUAUCAACGCCCUCAUCGUCAACUCGAACCCCAUUGCCAUUUACGUUUGACCAUGAAAAGAGCCAUAAGCUGAAGCUCACCUCCGUCGUCACUGUGCCUAACGGCCAAAUUCCCACUAUUCAUUUCAGUCUCAUCACCUCGUCUACCAACACUAGGGCCGUUGACCCAUCCGUCACUUCAUCGACUCAACCCGCCGGGGCAGGCGGAGGCUCAGAGACCGAGGGAUCCUCUGAUACCACAUACUCAGGCCCAACACCUGCCCUUACAGACUCAACUGGACCAAAUGCCCCAGGCUCCUCUCCUGCUAGCUACACAAUCUCCAAGCCACUCAUCCCUGGUGGAACUACUACACGAGGCUCUGCAGGUAGAACGUCAAGCUCUGGACUAACUAUCCCAGACUCAACCGGAUCAAAUGCAGCAAGCUCCCCUCCUAAUGGACGCACAAGCUCCAAGCCACUCAUACCACAUGGCUCUACGACUUCAGACUCCCCAAAUAGGCCUAUAAGUACAAAGCCAGAUGGCGUAGGCUCGGCUGCUUCAGGUUCAGCUGCCUCAAGCUCCACUCAUCCUGGACCUUCUGGUGGAAGCACAACUUCAGACUCCUCAAACGAGUCAUCCAGUUCUCGGCCUAAUGGUCCGGAUUCAACUGGCUCUAAUGCGUCAAGCUCCAAGCCACUCAUCCCUAGUGGAUCUACGCCAUCAGGCUCUGUAGCUGGAACCUCAAGCUCUACCCCGGAAAUCUCUGCAAGUAACUCAGCAUCAACAACUUCAACACCUCUUUUAGAUGACACAUCAACAACCGAUGGAACAUCCUCUAGUCGGCAGAAAACCACCUCUGGGCAGACUCCUUCAAGUGGAGACCCAGAUUCCACCACGACAGGCCGUCCCAGCUCAAUACCGUUUGUGAAUCCAUCUGAUCAGGUUUCCUCGGUGGAUUUGGCAUCCGAAUCCGCUAUAACAGAGGCCACAGGCAGCGAUUCAGCUAUCGCCGUUUUUGCACCAACAGCAUCGCCGUCUCGGGAAGAAUGGGCUACUAUUCCGACUACCACUGAAACUGGAAGCGCAGCUACCACUAGCUCUGAUACCCCCAUUGCCAUUCUUCUGAGCAAUCCUUAUAACAAUAUCGAUGAUCUCAAGAAGGACUCAAAAAAAUAUAAAGACCACAUCAAAGAGAUUGACGAUAAGACUUCUGAAUAUCUCUCCAAAACAAAUUUCGAUACAAGCAAAACCCCCUGCUCAAGCUCCAAAAAAAGAUCUUUGGCAAAAAGAGGUCUUUUUGAUGCUGUUGCCAAUAUCGCAAAGGAAGCUGUCGAUGCUACCGUGGAUACUGCUGAGGAUAUCGCUAAUUCUGCGCUCAGCUGUGUGGCGCCGAUUAUUCAUGACAUAAAAGAUGUGAUUCCUGACGAUGUCGACGGUAUAACCCCUGAAAUUGAGGAUCAGGUCAAGAAAGGCACUGAGUAUCUUGAUGAAAUCGGUAAUAUCGUGGAGAAUAUGAAGGAAAAGGACAGCGAUCGACAUACAUCGGAAUCUCAAUCUGAUUCCUCAACAUCUGAAUCAACGACAGCUACUUGUACGUCAAGUACUACAUACUCCGAUUGUACCUGGGACACAGUUGUCAGUCAAGUGCCUCACUCAGAUACUACUACAAUUAGUGUAAUUACCAGUACCGAGUCAUGCACAACAAGAACUGCCUGUGAAGCUACCCCGACCACAUUUGAAACAACAUCCACGUUGAAAGCAUGUACUCGUCGUCCUAGAAACACAUCUAAGCCCUCAACCACAGCCACUGGUGACGGUGAUACCGCGACACCUGGCGCUGGUGGCUCUACAGCUUCAACUCUAACGGCGCCUAUGACAUCUCCAAGAUCAUCAACCAAAACAACAAGGGCUUCUGACAGCUCCGCCACCACCACCACAGGACCUAAAUGCAGAAUGAAUCAUAUUGUUAAUCAAAAGGCCAGCGAGGAGUAUUGUGUUUUCGACUGCUCAGACUAUAGCGGUACAUAUGUGACUGCCAGUUCCACAUCCGGUCAGAAGGACUGGAAAUUAUGUCCCUACUCUCAACCUCCUUCAGACCCGAAUCUGUCAUGGAAGCCAGAUAAUAAGGGUUCCUUUACUACGACAGCCGAAGAUGGCAUCGUCUACUCCUGUGACGACUCUCGCUACCUUGACAAUAAUGUCGGAAAAGCCAAGUCCUGUGUGACUUCGAUGGAAUCUAUUACUCAGAUUACCUCCAUAUAUACGGCAUACACUGCCUCCCUGGAAUCGGAAGCAUCCGCAUCGCGAUCCAGUGUUAGUGCUUCGAAAGCGAGUGCAUCGAGUGCAUCAGCGGCGUCGGCAGCAUCAGCGUCAGCAUCAGCCGCUGCUGCUACCCCGAGUAGCUAUGUUUUCAUUUCCCAGAUAUCAAACACUGGUUUAGGCCUUGACUCAGGUGGACCGCCUGGUUAUGAAGUUUACAGCAGUGAAUAUUACGACCCCUACAUUUGUGAUCUUAAAGUUAUUGGGUCGGAUACCGAUUUUGGAGACAGUCCACCAGAUCUUGACAUUGAUGGUGGAGAUUUCAAGGACUGCAAGUAUGACAGUGACAGUGACACCGUGGAGUGCGACGAUUUCAGUCUGCCCUGUAGUGAUGAUGAUGAUUAUACAGAAGAACCUUCCACGAAAAACUGUGACUCUACAGUCGUGCGUGUUUGUCAUCGUGACAUAUAA